AUGACUCGAGAGAACAUGAUGCCAAUGAACUACAUCAUUGAAGUUGUUAUUGCAGUCAUCUUGGAAGAUAUUGAUGAAUGUGCUGAAAUGGAGAACCUGUGUGGGAAUGGCCGAUGCUCUAAUACAUUUGGUGGAUUCAUGUGUUCCUGUGCUAGAGGGUACACCUUGAACAGCGGAGGCACUCUAUGUGUAGAUAUUAAUGAAUGUGCUGACCAUAGAAAGUGUAAAAAUGGUCAGUGCAUUAACACAAUUGGAGGAUUUGAGUGUGAGUGCCCUCCAGAUUUCAGUUUACUACCCAAUAGGGCAGAGUGUGUGGAUAUGAGAGUUGGAACGUGCUUCACAAAGUAUGAAGAUGGAGUAUGUUCCCUUCCAAUGAGAAUGGAUAUCACAAGGAUGAAGUGCUGCUGCUCCCAAGGGAAAGCAUGGGGUGCUAACUGUGAACCAUGUCCUAGGGAAACCACAAGCGAAUAUGUGGAACUGUGCUACUCUGGUAUGGUAAGCCCAGGUUUACCUGGAGAGGGGAGGGUUGGACCUCAUCCUGGAGAAGACGGUUAUAGGCCUAGACCUGGAGAUCCUGGUUAUAGGCCUAGACCUGGAGAACCUGGAUAUGAUCCUGACAGAGAUGGAGAAGAUAGAUAUGGAUCACGUGACAGAGAUAGAGAUGGCAGAUUUGGAAAUGGAAGUGACAGAAAUGGCGGAUUUGGAUCACGUGAUAGAGAUGGAGAUGGCGGAUUUGGACGUGAAGAUGAUAGAUAUGGACCAUCAGACAGAGAUAGAGAUGACACAUUUAGGCCUGGAAUUGGUCAACCAGGCAAGGUUUAUAAUCCUCGAACGGGUACAAUCGAAGAUUUUGAUGAGUGUGACUUGAUGGGUCACAUGAUGUGCAAAAAUGGACGAUGUAUUAACACCAUGGGUUCCUUCCGCUGUGAAUGUGACCAGGGGUUCCGUUAUGAUGAGCCAAGUCACAUGUGUGUUGAUAUUGAUGAGUGUGAAGAACUGACUCCAUGUCAAGGAUUAGCCAAGUGUGAGAACACCUUGGGAAGCUACCGAUGCUCUUGUCCAACAGGUUACAAGAUCAACAGGCUUACUAAUGAUUGUGUUGAUAUCAAUGAAUGUGAGCAAGGAGGUGUAUGCCAACAUGGUGUCUGCAAUAAUUUCCAGGGAAGCUUCCAGUGCAUUUGUGACUCAGGAUAUGUAUUGACAGCAGACCGUUCCUCUUGCAUUGAUCUUGAUGAGUGUGUUCGUUCACCAAACAUCUGCAACAAUGGAACAUGUAUCAACUCUAUGGGUUCUUUCCGUUGCCAGUGUCACAGAGGUUUUAAAAUUGGACCCAAUCAUGACUGCAUUGAUGUGAAUGAAUGUCUCAUCACUGUGGGCCUGUGUCGGAAUGGUCGUUGCCGUAACACAGAAGGAUCUUUCACUUGUGAGUGUGCUGAUGGCUAUACAUUGACACCUGAUGGAGAGCAGUGCCGUGAUGUUAACGAGUGUUCUGAGCGUAGUGAUGUAUGCCCAGUUCCAGGACGCUGUCAGAACCUCAUGGGCUCGUUUGUCUGUGAGUGUCCAGAUGGCUACAGUCUCACAUCAGAUGGCAUGGCAUGUGUUGACAUUGAUGAGUGCAGCACAGUUGAGGACAUCUGUGAAAAUGGUGAAUGCAUAAAUAAUCGAGGAAGCUUCCAGUGCAUCUGUCCAUCAGGCUUUGAGCUUAACCCAGAUGGGACCAAGUGUGUUGAUCAACGACAAGAACAGUGCUAUCAGAGAUACCAACAAGGUAUAUGCCUUCAACCAAGACCAGUGAGCAUCCUGAAAAAGGAGUGCUGUUGCUCAGGGGGUGCUGCCUGGGGUAUUGGUUGUGAACGCUGCCCUCCUCGUAGAUCACGUUUUUCUUUACAAAUUGCAUUGAGUGCUGUUGCUCAGGGGGUGCUGCCUGGGGUAUUGGUUGUGAACGCUGCCCUCCUCGUAGAUCACGUGGGAAUGACAGAUGACUGCAAAGAUAUUAAUGAAUGUGCCCUUAACCCAAAUAUUUGUAAAAGCGGAAGAUGUACAAAUACAAAGGGCUCAUACAGGUGCGAAUGUUACGAAGGUUUUGAACCUAGCAGAGAUGGGAAACAGUGCAUUGACCGCCGUGAAGGCUACUGCUUUAGACAACUUAUUGGUGGUAUGUGUUCCACAAUAAGUGAUGACUUGAAGAAGGUAACAAAAGCUGACUGCUGCUGCACAAUGGGUCUUGCCUGGGGUCCAAUGUGUGAACACUGCCCACGUAAAGGCACUCCAGAAUAUAGUGCCAUUUGCAUGGAGGCAGGAUUCUCUGUGGAUGGCCUUGAUAUUGAUGAGUGUGAAAUGAUGCCAAAUCUUUGCAGAAAUGGAAAAUGUAUCAACACUAUGGGCUCAUAUCGCUGUAUUUGUAACAAAGGUUACAAACCGGAUCAUUCUGGAACUCGCUGUAUUGACGUAAAUGAGUGUGAAGCUACUCCUUCUCCUUGCAAGUUUACUUGCCAGAAUACCGAAGGAUCUUACAGAUGUUCCUGCCCACGUGGCUAUACGCUUAAUCCUGAUGGGAUCACCUGUCGUGACUUGGAUGAAUGCGCCACAGGUCAGCACACCUGUCAGCAUGAGUGCGUCAACACCCAGGGAUCAUACAAGUGUACUUGCUCCCAAGGCUAUAAUCAAGUUGGUGAGCAGUGUCUUGACAUCAACGAAUGUCAAGAACAGACCGGUCUGUGUGGUCCACUUGGCACUUGCAUUAAUACAAUGGGAAGUUUCAAGUGUAUGUGCCCAAGAGGCUACCGUGUAGACUCGACAGGCACAAUGUGCAUUGACUCUGAUGAAUGUGCCUUGGAUGGAAGCUGUGAAGCAGGUUGUGAUAAUAUUCAAGGAGGAUUCCAGUGUGGCUGCCCAGAUGGAUACAGACGUCACUACUAUUACAAUCAGUGUGUGGAUGAUGAUGAGUGUACAGCAAGUGCUGUGUGUGGUUCUGCUGACUGUCAGAACACCUUAGGUUCCUACAAAUGUUUAUGUCCAAAUGGAUACUCUUUCAAUUUUGCUCUUCUGAUAUGUAUUCAGGUUGAUGACAACUGCCUGACCAGUCCAUGUGCUUUUGGUUGUAAUGCUUUGGAUGACGACUCUGUUGCUUGUGGUUGCCCAUCAGGCUUCUCGAGGAUUGGAUCUGGACAUUGUAUGUCUACACUCAAUCCACCAGUGGGUAAUGGAGGAGGUAUUGGGGGCAUUGGAGGUAACAACUUUGGAGUUAGUAAUGGAUUUGGAACCCAGUUUGGCAACCAAUUUGGUGGAGGAGCUGGAGGCCAGUUUGGUGGUGGACCUGGAGGCCAGUUUGGUGGAGGACCUGGAGGCCAGUUUGGUGGAGGACCUGGAGGCCAGUUUGGUGGAGGACCUGGAGGCCAGUUUGGUGGAGGACCUGGAGGCCAGUUUGGUGGAGGACCUGGAGGCCAGUUUGGUAGAGGACCUGGAGGUCAGUUUGGUGGAGGACCUGGAGGUCAGUUUGGUGGAGGACCUGGAGGUCAGUUUGGUGGAGGAACUGGAGGUCAGUUUGGUGGAGGAUUCUCUCAGACUUACAGCUAUGGUACUAAUCAGUUUGACCUUGGUGGUGUACCAACAUUCCCCAUAGGACCACAAGAUCCACAUGGUGACAAUAAGAACAUCAUAUCCACUGAAGGAUGCUUCACAUGUAAGAAUGGACUAACAGGACGCCGUCGUCGAUCAGUACAUGUGCCUUCAGUGAUAAACCAGCAGUUAUUCAUUCCAGCCCCAGUUAACUAUACAGAUGAUCAAGUUGUGCUGGUUCAUGCCAACAACAACACGCACAGGAUAGUGCGGCGUAGUCUGGAGGACGAAUUUAGAAGACAAGACAGCAUAGCACACAGGGCAGCCAAAAAUCCAAUUGUUCUGAAGGUUUCCUUGAAGCAAACUAAGCACAGGAUGCAGCUUAUAAAAUUAAAACCAGCUUUAACAUAUCUCCAGAACAAUGUUAAAUAUGAAAUAAUCAAAGGAAAUGAAAACAAAGUAUUUGAUAUGAAGUCUCGGCAUGGGACAACAUCUCUACACUUCCACCGUCGUCUGCACCGACCAGAAACCUUUGACUUGGAGAUCAGUGGGCAUCCACUAGAUUAUAAUAAUCUUGAAGAUACAAAUAAUGAUCUUGAUGUAAACAUUAGGAUCAUUGUUACACACUAAGACAAAACUAAAUGUAGUUACAUGUAUAGAGUUGUAAUGCAGAUUUUUAUUCCAUCUUUAAGAAUGAUAGGCAAAGAACAGUUUUAUCAUGGUAUUUUGUAAGUUAUAUUUGAAAAGAAGCUCAAAGAUAUAUUAUUUUACUGUAUGCUGCAUAGAGCAGUAAAGGUCUUGUUACAGGUUUUCAGUGUAAACCUAUUUAUGAAAAAUUUGUGAAGAGUAUAAGAUAAUCAAAAUAAUUAGUUAUUUUAUACAAUAGAAUAGUUCAAGCCAAAAUUGGUUAAGAAUAUUAUAGAUUGAUUCAUGGGCCAAGAUUUUUUUUUUUCUUUUUUUCUUUUUUUUUCUUUUUUUUUAAGCAUAAAACAUCCAGCAAAAUUUUGCAUAUGUAGAGUGAUAUACAUUUUUUUUUUCCUGUUUAUUUUAUGUACAUUGAAGUUUAGUGUACUUAGUAGUCAUUAGUGCUUUCUUUCCUAUUAGUUAGUAACAUUAGUCAUUUGUAAAGCUGAAUGAGUUAUAGUACUAGAAUGAAUUAAUAUUAUAACGGUGAUAUUUUUGAAGGUGCUAAUAUAUGUUUGGCUUAGCUUACUUUCUCAUGUAGAGCUAAACUAGGGACCAGUUUUUAUAACAUUAUUUGGAGCAAAUGUGUCAUUUUACUGAGAGUAGCACAAUUGAUUUUCAUUUUUUUUUUUUUUCUUUCUUUACUGUGAAUAUUACAUCCACUCUUUGGUCUACUACAAAUUCUACUAACAGUAAAUAUGCACACAGCUGUUCACAUGGGGUCUUGCAGAUAUAGCCCACCUGGCUGAUACUUAAUAAAAAUUAAUAGUCAUGAACUGCUAGUGCUUUACACCUUAGAACAGUGGCAACUGAAACUGAAAUAUUAAUCAUUUUCUUUUUUUCGUGUGAUUUUUCAUAAAAUAACAAAGGAAUUAGCUUUAUCAAUAAGUUCUCUAGGUGAGCUAUGAUGUAUGAUUUCGCACGUUGUGUGGUGUCCAACUAUCGAGCAAUCAUAAUGUCUAGUCCUGGGACAAUGUAUCUCCAUUGUGCUGCAUCCUUGUAGCCAUAGCAAAAUAUUAUUUAUGACUUUGGGGUCUUACUGUUUAUUGCACAUACUCUGCAAUUCAGGUUUCAUUAUAUUAAUGGCCUACAUCAUUUGUUAUUUGUAUUAUAUUAUUUUGUUCAUGCAUGUGCUCAUAUAUGCAUCUACAUAUGCAAGUACAUGCACCAUACAAAGACUUUAAUCAAGUGUGUGCACCCACACACCCACACAGACAUACACACAACUACACACUUAUAUAUUUAAGUAAAUCAGGGUAUUAGAUUUACCAUUCUUGUGACAUCAAAGUUUACACUUAUGGAGAUGCAGUGUCCAGUUCAGCCACAGUAUUGUUCACCCUCACUGCCAAAGGACAUCACCGUUGUCAUAUUAAAAACUCACCAUAACUGUUAAGUGAUAUCUGCUCAUCUUGUCAGUUUUCUGUUGAAGGAGUUAUUGCACACAUACUUUCAUAUAAGAUAGUAAAUGAUUCUGUCAAUCUUUAUUUGAUUAUUCUUCACUAACAAGUGCAAUCUCCUUUUACAGUGACACCCAUUCUCAUUGCCUGUUUUUACCAAGUUGUUAGAAAUGAUAAGAAAUGACUAUUGAAUCAAUCCAGAGUAAGUCAUUUUUGUCACAGUAUAUUUUAUGGUUGGUCAAAUUUUUGUAUGUAAUCCUGUGUGUAUAUAAAAAUGAAGAAUUAUUAUUAAGUAUCGUUGCACAAGUGUAUUUUUCCCAUAAUUGUACUAUGAUACGGUCUUACUAUAUGAAAAAAGAAGAUUGCUUUCUCAUACUAAAUCAUUAGAUUGAAAGAUUUCUGAAAAAAAAGUCAAAAGCAAAUUACAAGUGUUACUUUAACACUUCUAACACUUAGGUCUGCUGCUUCACCAUCAGUCACACUCCCUGGGUAACAUAAUAUAUGUGAGCUUGAGGACCUUUGAUAUUCAUCUCAGUCUCGCUGAUCUCGUAACAUCUGUGCCGUUACACUGAUAAUCAUAGUCUCCUGCAUAACUCUGACUGCUUAUGAAGUCUUGUUUCAUAAUAAAUAUCACCAAAGCCUUA